AUUCAGGAAGAAGGAACCAAAAGAAUUCCCCUCUUCCUCCCUCUCUUUCUCUCUCUUUCCUGCAUCUCCCAAAUCAUUGGAGCCUCGAAAUCUUUCUUGAUUCUUGCUCCAUUCAACAAAGAUUCAGAUUCUAAGACAACCCUUUUGAAGAUUUUAACCAAAAGAAAUCGGAAAAUGUCACAAGAAAGAGUGCAUCUCUUGACAUUAGUACUAAUCCUUCUUGUUUUCAUGACGAUGGUCGAGAAAGGUGCGAGCUUUGGAGUGAACUGGGGGACCAUGGCGACCCACCAGCUCCCGCCGGAGAAGGUAGUCCGGAUUCUGGAGGACAACGGAUUCGACAAGGUGAAAUUGUUCGAAGCGGACGAGAGAAUAUUGGCCGCUCUCACUGGGACUAAAAUUGAGGUGAUGCUGGCCAUACCCAAUGUCAUGUUGCAGGAGAUGAGCCAGGAUCCUGUGGCUGCAGCUACUUGGGUGGAUGCCAAUGUCACAAGUUACUGCUACUCUGGUGGAGUUGUUAUCAAGUAUGUAGCUGUAGGCAAUGAGCCCUUUCUGAAAACGUACAAUGGCACCUAUCUACAAACCACAUUACCAGCUCUCAAGAACAUCCAGGAAGCCCUAAACAAUGCAGGACUUGGGUCACAAGUCAAAGCCACCGUCCCCUUCAACGCCGACGUCUACUUCUCCCCUGACUCAGACCCGGUUCCAUCUACUGGAGACUUCCGCCCUGAAGUUCGAGACUCCAUAAUCAAGAUCAUCCAGUACUUGUACACCAAUGAGGCACCAUUCACAGUUAACAUUUACCCUUUUCUCAGCCUCUAUGGCAAUUCCUAUUUUCCUUUCGGGUUUGCAUUUUUCGAUGGAAAAAGCAAGCCGAUUAAAGAUGGUGAUCUGCUCUACACCAAUGUGUUUGAUGCAAACUUUGACACCCUAGUUUGGUCUCUGACCAAAGCCGGCUUCCCUGAAAUGAAGAUCAUAGUUGGAGAGGUGGGCUGGCCAACUGAUGGUGACAUAAACGCGAAUAUCCGCAACGCGAAGAGGUUCAAUCAGGGUAUGAUCCAGCAUGCCAUGAGUGGCAAUGGAACCCCAGCAAGGACAGGCAAACUCGAUGGCUACCUAUUCAGCCUUAUUGACGAAAACAUGAAAAGCAUUGCUCCCGGAAACUUUGAGAGGCACUGGGGGAUAUUCGAGUAUGAUGGGAAGCCGAAAUAUGAUCUGGAUUUGUCAGGCGCUAUGCGAAACAAGGGCCUUGCAGCUGCAGAAGAUGUGGAGUAUAUGCGGAGAAGUUGGUGUGUUUUGGACCCAGAUGUUAAGUCUUUGGAUGAUUUGGCAAAAAGCAUUGACUAUGCUUGCACACUCUCAGAUUGCACUUCAUUGGGAUAUGGAAGUUCUUGCAACAAUCUCACUCUCCAAGGGAAUGCUUCGUAUGCAUUCAACAUGUAUUACCAGGUGAACAGCCAGAAGAGCUGGACCUGCGAUUUUUCGGGUUUGGCUGUGGUGACCGAUGAGGAUCCUUCCGUUGGGGACUGCGAGUUUCCGGUGAUGAUUUCGUAUGCUGCUCCAUCACUGUUGCACAGCAGGGGACUUUUGCAUUUUGUGAUGAAAAUUGUGGGAGGAUUUCUGUUGUAUUUGAUGAUUCUGCUAUGACAUAAAAGCUUUCAAGAAGUCAUGGUUCCAAAAGUAGAGAGUUUUGUUUGGUGGGUUCAAGAUUAUAAUAUCGGAUGGUCUUUAAUAUAAAAGUUUCAAAAAAAUUUAGACAAAACAAC